AUCUCUUACGGAGGCAGAAACCGAUCGAAAGAGCAGAAGGAAGAGGGCGAAGAACGAUGUCAGGAACCACAAAUAAUCAAGAUUCGACGGAUAAGAAACCCGCCAUAGAUCCAGACCGCAUCGAUCUCAAGGUUAAAAGCCAGGAUGGGGGCGAAGUGUUCUUCAAGAUAAAGAAGAACACCCCACUGAAGAAGCUGAUGAACGCCUACUGCGAUCGGCAGUCGAUGGACUUCAACACCGUCGUUUUCCUGUUCGACGGUCGCAAGAUCCGCCCCGAGCAGACUCCGGUCGAGCUGGAGAUGGAGAAUGGAGACGAGAUAGACGCAAUGCUUCAUCAAACCGGCGGCGAUUGCGGCGGCUGCGUGCAACCGUGUUCUUAUUUUUGAACGGUGUAAUUUUUUUUUGCGAGUUUAAUUAGGUGUAAGAUUUAGUGACGGGUGUUUUUUUUUAGCAACGGUUUUGCUGGAGAUGUACUUCUUGCUCGAGUUUGUGUUCUUUCAGUUUAACUUUCGUAUACUGUCCUUCAAUAGUGGUUGCAGUCGCGGCCUUAGGGUUACCCCACAAGAAAAUUAUCGUUGUCAUUUACGGUAGGAAUUGUCUAGGUAAUUAAAUCGCUCUAUCUAAAGCGAUCUGUGGCUAUAACAAGAUCUAUGUUCAAUUUGAUUGUUGUUGUUAUCUCGAAGAUGUGCGAGAAGCUCUAACAAAAAGCGACGGAGUUUUAUGUAUACAGAUUAAGGUUAUCUCUGACAUUUGAAAAUUGAUGAUCGAGCUAAAAGUGAUAUUGAAGGAAUCAUCAUGAUAAAUGGAAGGGUUUGCAAGUACAAAUUGCUUCUUGUUGUUGAAGCUAUAGAUGAUAAGAUCAGAUUUGACAAGGUUAUAGGAAAGUUGGAUGAUUUUUCCUCGUGUAGUAGAUUUAUACUUACAACAAGGUGUACUAGGGUUUUAGAUUUUCUUCGAGAUUGCAUAUUGUAUGAACUAGUAGAAAUGAGUAGCCAUAUCUUCCCCUACAACUUUUUAGCAAACAUGCUUUUGGGACGGACAAUCCUCUAAAGGAAGAUGUGGGGAAUAUGUGAGGAAUUUGUAAAAGUUGAUGUUGGGUUUCGUUUAGCUCUCAAGGUGUAGGGUCACUUUUAUUUCAUAAAGAGAGGAAAUUUUGGUAAGAAAAAUUUAUAGAAUUGCAUAACAUACCUUCUACUACAGAAAACCUAGUGCAAGAGAGACUGAAGAUUAGCUACAAUGAUUUGUCGUACAAUGGAAGGUAAAUCUUUCUUGACAUUGCCUAUUUUGUAUCGGUGUCCACAAAGAUUUACCAUACUACAUGUGGAGUGGCUGUGAUUUUUAUCCAAAAAUUGGAAUCGACACUUUCAUUCAUAGAUCUUUCAUAAAACUCGACGAAGGAAACCAAUUUUGGAUUCACGAUCGCUUUAAAGAUCAUGGGAGAGCCAUUGUUAUAGAGGAAUAUGUUCGACAUUCAUACAACGGUAGCAUGAUAUGAUGUACCUAGGAUGCCCUAGACAUUUUAAGAAAUGGAAUGGUAGAAACUUUUACCUCUCAAUAUCAUGUCAAGGACGUCGUCAGUGACCAUAUGCUGAAUUGGAAAGGCUGCGACCGCCGCCGACGACUUGGUUUCCGGCGAACCCUAUUUUCCAAGUUGAGUUUGUGAAUUGGGAAUCAGGUUCGAACAUCAAAUUCAAAAGUCUAUGAUCGUUAAUAUUUUUGGGGUGUGUUAAUCCUUGGAAUGACGGCAAAAACCUUCCCCCCCCCCCCCCCCCCCCCUGUUUAUCUUCUUUGGGCUCGGACAUAACGGCCCAUUCUCUAAAAGAAGCGUUCGGUCCGACGCGGCUACAGCUUCAAGAACCCGGUAGCCAUUAUAUAAGCAAAGAUAUUCUUAAUGAUUAAAAUACUACGUAAAUAUUUUGAAUGAUGCAAUCAUUUUUUAUGUAUCGGUUAAAAAAAAAUUGUAUUAACUCUUUUAUAAUGAUUAAACACUAUGUAUCACUUAAACAUAAGGAUAAUUAUUUAUAUGUAUCACUUAUACAAAUUGAUGGUAUAUAUUAUCCGUACUUAUUAAGACACUGCGUGAAACUAAUGUAGGUAACUUAUCUGGAAAUUUUGUAAAUAUUUGAUUUCAACUAAAUUAUUAUUUUAUUACCACAAAGCGGAGCACGAUCCAAAAAAACUAGUAUAUAUUAAGAUACAAUCUGGCUAAUUGCUUUAAACUAUUCAUAAUUAUCUCUAUAAUACUUAAAUAAUCCAACAAUUACUAAUCGAGUUUAUGUCAUCAGAGGAGGGUGAUUUGUUAGCCAAAAUAUCAUACCAUUAUCCUAAUUACACAACAGUAAAUUGUCAUUGAUCAU